CCUAGGGGCCCUGAGCCUGGAAAGCCGCCUGUUCCCCACCAGACAUCGGACAUUGCUGAGACAAAGAGGUGCGCUCAUUGGCUUUGACCUCCGUGGGUCCAGUGUCUGAGCAGAGGAAAAGUUCAAUUCCUUCAAGAUGCCGGUGUUGAAGAAGCACAGGAGAAAAACCUCGGUAACUCCUCCGGAACUUUCCGAGAAGACCAAGGAGCAGCUGGCGGAGGCUGAGCUUCGGCAGCUGAGGCUGCAGUUCCGAAAAAUGGUAGAAAGUCGCAAGUCCUUCAACUUCCGCAGCCAGCUGAAGCUCUCCAGCCAGCACAAGGAAAUCCAGGCCCUGCAAGCAGAGCAGAAUGAGAUCACCCUGGUUUUGAGUCUCCUGAAGUCCUCGAAGAACUUGGAUCUGAAUCAGAAAAACUACCUUGAGCUGCGUUUCCUGUUGCAGGCCAGGGAAGACUACGAGGCCAUGAUUAAGUCCAUGAAGGAGUUGCUGGUGGAGCUGGACGAGAAGAUUGUUCAGAUGGAAAAAAAAAUCUCAAGCCAAAAACAGAUCUUCACAAAAAUGCAGAAGGCCAACAACCCACAGAAACUGCAGAAACAGAUACACAUUUUGGAGAGCCGGCUGAAUCGGGUCACUGAGCACUUUGAUAAGAUGCUGACUAGCAACGCCAAGCUCCGUCAGGAGAUUGAGAACCUGCGGUUUGAGAAGGCCACUUAUGACAACAUCUACCAGCAGCUGUGCCAGAGCCUGUUGUCGCAGAAGAAAACCAUGAACUUAGCAAUUGAGCAGUCUUCUCAGGCCUAUGAGCAGAGCAUGCAGGCCAUGGCCCGCAUGGCUGCCAUGAAGGACCGCCAGCAGAAGGACAUCUCUGAGUACAACCUGGAGAUCCGUGAGCUGGAGCGGCUCUACGACCACGAGGCCAAGCUCAAGUCCUUCUAUGACCACGAGGCCAAGCUCAAGUCCUUCCUGCACGUCAAGCUGAAGGACCGCAUGGAAUUGGAGGAGGAUGCGAAAAAGAAAGAAGCUCUCAAGACAAAAAGGCACAGGAAGAAUAGCAAGGGAGAGAGUUUUGAGAGCUACCAGGUGGCCCACCUCCGGCUGAUGAAGCUGGUGGAGGAUGGGAACCUGAGCCAGCUCAUUGAGGAAUUCCUGGCCAAGGAGGAGAAGAACUUUGCCCGGUUUACUUACAUCAUGGAGCUCAACAACGACAUGGAGAUGAUGAACAAGAAGACCCAGGGGAUCCAGGAUGAGAUCACCCACCUGCGAUCCCAGCAGCAGUCUUCCCACGAUGACAGCCGCUCUGUCCUGAAGGAGCUCGAGGAGAAGCUGAGGAAGACCACGGAGGAGGCCAACAUGUACGAGGACAAAAACCGCGAGCUCAGAAAGACCCUGGAGCAUCUCAAGACCUCGGUGGAGAAUCUGUUCAAGAAGAUCAACUGCGACGCCUCCAAGACACUGGUGCAGUUGGGGGAGACGGGGAAAGUCACCGACUCCAACCUGUCCCAGUAUUUCUCCCUCAUCGAGAAGAAGACCAACGACCUGUUGCUGCUGGAGGCCUACAUGCGAAUGCAGGAAAUGGACAUGGACACCGAGCCGCCCCCGCCCUUCCUUAACCCUUUCUGGGGCGGCUCUGCCCUCGUGAAGCUCCCAGAACCCCUCAAGGUCACCCCGCCCUUGCUGAGGACUGACCCCUUCAGCGACAAGAUAGAGGACAUGGAGCAGCCCCUGGAUCACGGCAGCCUGCGGCAGCUGGUGCUGGACAAUUAUGCCCAGAAGGAAGUUGGCGGGCCCACAGCCUCACCAAGCGAAGCCCGAGGCUGGCGCGACCAACCGAAAGAAUAA